UCCUUCGCCGGACUGAGUGCCAGUGAGUGCGGUGGUCUCCUUCGGCGCCGCAGCACACUACUGGCACUCCCCACGGACUCAGAAGGCAUCGAGAGCAGCCACAAUGAGGGUUCUGAUCGCCGUCGCAGUCUGCGUUUGCCUCCUCUUGCUCCUCCAGGAGAGCGCGGGGCGUGGCGAGGACGAUGCCGACGGGGCGGGACCGUCCCUCGGCCAGAGAGCAAACAGCCCAGCGAAGAGGAACAAGCAAGGCAAGGAGGAAGGAAGCAAGGCAAGCGGAAACACAGAGAGGAAACGGCAAGAGAGCCCGGCGAAGGGGAACAAGCAAGGCAAGGAGGAAGGAAGCAAGGCAAGCGGAAACACAGAGAGGAAACAGCAAGAGAGCCCAGCGAAGAGGGACAGGCAAGGCAAGGAGGAAGGAAGCAAGGCAAGCGGAAACAAAGGGAGGAAACGGCAAGAGAGCCCAGCGAAGGGGAACAAGCAAGGCAAGGAGGAAGGAAGCAAGGCAAGUGGAAACACAGAGAGGAAACGGCAAGAGAACCCAGCGAAGAGGAACAGGCAAGGCAAGGAGGAAGGAAGCAAAGCAGAGGGGAAACGGCAAGGGAAACGCAGACACGGAGUCAAAAAAGAAGACAAAGACAGUGCGAAGAAAUUAAGUCCCAAGAGUAAUCAAUCAAAGGAAGUAAAGAAAGCAAAUAAAAAGGAACAAGAAAAGAAAAAGAACAAAGGUUCCAAAAGGAAACCAACAAAAGACGAAAAGGAGAAAAAGCAAUCCCGAGGAAGAAAUAGCAAAGACAAUCCGAAAGCGAACAAAGAACAAAAAAAGAAAGUCAAACCAAUGAAGGGAAAGAAAGGAAAUGACAAGCAAAAUGAAAAAGACGACAAAAGAAAAUGCAGAAAAACUACCUCGAAAUGCUCCAGGAAGGGGGGAGAGUGCGUCGCGGACGGUACCUGCAACGCCGGACAGAUCGACGACGCCUGCAAGGGGACCUCCUGCGUGUGCUGCCUAAACGGCUGUGCACCGAAGCGAACGUGCACCAAACUGAAUGGAAAAUGCAGAUCCAAGUGUAAAUCCAAAGAGAAAAAACUGAAAGGUGGUUGCGAAGGGGACGGGUGCGUCUGCUGCUACAAACGCUGCAAGAAGAAGGAAAAGAAAUGCGACGGUUUUUGCGUAAAGACCCAAAAGGAAUGCAAGGGCGGCCUUUACAGCGAAGGUGCCUGCAGUCGUGGGUGUUCUUGCUGUACGCCCGUGUGCAAGCUAAAACGCAAAUGCAAAGAUGGCUACUGUGUUCUAAAGAAGGCGGACUGCGCAGGCACCAUCGUGUCCAACGCCUGUAAAUUGAAGCCCAAGGGAAAGUGCUUCUGCUGCGUUGAAACUACGACCACGUCCACAACCACUACCACAACUAGGACCACCACGACCACCACACCCCCUGGAACAACUACGACCACCACACCCCCUGGAACAACUACUACCAGUACGGCCGCUCCAACCACUACAACAGGAAUUACCACCACUACAGUCCCAGGAAAUACUACGACUCAAGUACCGGGAAAUACUACGACUCAAGUACCAGGAAAUACUACGACUCAGGUACCAGGAAAUACUACCACUCAAGUACCAGGAAAUACCACCACCCAAGUACCGGGGAAUACCACCACACAAGUACCAGGAAAUACCACUACCCAAGUACCAGGAAAUACCACCACACAAGUACCGGGAAAUACCACUACCCAAGUACCAGGAAAUACCACCACACAAGUACCAGGAAAUACCACCACCACACAAGCACCGGGAAAUACAACUACCGGAAAUACAAGCGCCGUUUCUAAUUUGGCUGGAAGAGUCAAAACUCUCACUGACCUCCAGGCAAGUCUCGUCAAUGUGUCGAGCGAGAUCCAAGCGUCGACACUUGUUGUCAACAACAUCAGCUCAUCAGUCAAUGGCAGGAGACACCGGAGGAGCGUCAUCUUCCUUGACGAUUUCAAAUCGCUGCUGGACGAAGUCGAAGCAGCCACGGACAGCAACGACACUGCGAAACUGACUGGCCUCGCGCAGAGAUUGAAUUCCCAGAGAAAUUACCUGGAGAAGCUCGCCGUUGACGUGAAGAGUAACAACACCCUGGCCACUGAAGUAAGGGGCAGGAUUCCGACUGUGAUCGAGAAGAUCCAAAACACAACAGCCAAGAUAAGGAAAAAGGACGAGGAGAUAAAGGUCGAGGUUGACCAGCUCCAGCAACAGAUUGCGCAGCUGGGAGGAACUACGGUCGCCUUCUCAACAGCCAACAUUCCGGUUGUGACAACAGCUACGACCACGUCCACAACCACUACCACAACUAGGACCACCACGACCACAACACCCCUGGAACAACUACGACCACCACACCCCUGGAACAACUACGACCACCACACCCCCUGGAACAACUACUAGUACGACCGCUCAAACCACUACAGUCCCAAGAAAUACUACGACUCAAGUACCAGGAAAUACCACCACACAAGUAC